AUGUCGAAGAGUGUAAAAAUAGAAGUAUCGAGUGAGAAACCAGCAUUUUCACUGAUUUCGGCACCUUCCCCAGAUAACACAAAUCAAAUCGAGCAACAACCAAAGUUAUCAACACAGCUUUACAGAUCGAUCGAUCAGGAAGCAGGGCCCAUCAAUGCUUUGCCCGCAGAAAAAACAGCUAAAAAAGAAGAAAGACGUUGCAAUAUUGAAAUAUCAGUGGAUGUUAACAAGAUUACUGAAAAAACUUUGGAAUUUCGAAAAGAGCAAUGCAAUGAGCAAAUAGCUGAAAAAUCAUCGAAAUCUCUGGCAACUUCAACUGCGGCGCCAUCGUUGGAUUGCGAUCGCUUAUCGAUACCUAUUAUUCAUUUAUCAUCUAUGGGAUCCCGAUCUUCUAUGCCUAAAUCUGGUCGGAAUUUAAAUAAUCCUGAGGAGCUAUGCUCAAGUAAUAAGGCAUCAGCUAAAGUAAAUACAACAAAUAUCGAACAACAGAUUUGUGAAGAAACUACGAAAAAGCUUCAAAAUGCAGAUAAUUUAUAUUCUCCAUCGAACGAUUCGAUGAAAAAAAUCCAACGCGAUUACGAUCAAGUUAUUUGCUUCCAAGCUCGAUCAAAAAAUAAAGAAGGCAAACCAUCUUGUGAACCAAAAUUUUCAAAAACAAAUGCAGAUCAAAUCAUCGUGAAUAAGACAAAUCCAGGAGCAUUUAAGGAAAAAAAAUCCGCUGAAUUGCAAAUCGAUUCAGUAAAAGAAAAUACCUCCCUUAAAGAGGAAUUGUUUAACAAAGCUCUAUCUCAAUUAGCGUGA